CAGGGUUCAAAGUGACGAAAGACUACUUUGGUUUUUUUUUUAAAUACUUGACGGGACGUGUUUCUAUGACGCUUGAAAGACAACAAAGCAGAAAGCUGUGCACGGCUUGUCUUUGCACUAGUUGGAGAUAGCGAACACUGAAUUCAUGUUAUCCGUUAUAUGCUAGAACUAGAAGUUAUUUAAUGUAUGUGAUUCUGUCAAUGACAAAUACGCAAUAAUUAGCUAAACGAAUAAGCAUAUUCAAAAAUGGCGUCAAGAUCCAAGACAGAUGAUGUCGAAGAUGGACACUUUGACAGCAUCAUGGGAACUCUGUGUGAUGUGUGCUUGGUGGUACAGAGCAAACAGUUUCCUGCCCACAGAAUAGUGCUGGCAGCUGCCAGCAAAUUCUUCAAGCUCAUGUUUACCACCAGUAUGUUGGAGUCCAAGUCCUAUGAGGUGGAACUCCGUAGUGUCGACCCCGAGAUCAUUGAACUGCUGUUAGAAUUUAUCUACACCUCUCAGGUUCCAGCGGAUAUUAGCAAAGUCCAGUCUCUGCUGGAAGUUGCCAAACAAUACCAGAUUAAAUGUCUCACGAAAGUGUGUGUGAAGGUCCUCAAAAAACAGACGGCUGCCAGUCGGCGCUCAGGUGUUGGAAUGGUUUAAGUUGAAUUUGUCUCUGGAGACCCUGAAGGCAUUGACCAUCCCAUGAUCUGUUCCUCUCAACGAGUCGGCGUUCGCUUCUUCCUCAAUUAGACAGUCGCCCCUCGUCAGUGAAGAGGUAGCAGCCAUCAGGGGACAAUCACCUCCACGUGAUGACAUGCCAGCUGUGUUUAUGCGCCCAUGAGACUAAAGCAUAAACAUCCUGCUCAUCAUAUAAACUCUUUGCUCAACAUGGUUUCUUCAUUAAUAAAGAGUUGACAAAAGUGAA